UUGGGUUACAGAUAAACAGAUCCAUCCAGACUUUGACCUCUGUCUGUUUAAAACCAGCCUGACUACUGAGCAUCACACACACUCUGACACUCACAGAAGUCUGAUCGUUUGCCUGCCUUUCAGAACCUCUGGACUGAACCAUGAGUUCUUGCGUGACCCUGUCGUCAGGGCAUAAGAUUCCCCUGGUGGGGCUGGGGACCUGGAAGAGUGCCCCUGGACAGGUGAAGCAAGCGGUGCUGACGGCUCUAGACUGUGGCUACAGACACAUUGAUUGUGCUGCUGCGUACAGUAAUGAGCAGGAGGUCGGGGAGGCACUGGCUCUGAGGCUGGGACCAGGAAAGGCCCUGCGUCGUGAGGAUGUAUUUCUGACCUCUAAGCUGUGGAACACCCAGCAUCACCCUGACGAUGUUGAGACCGCCUGUAGGAAGAGUCUAAUACACCUGGGACUGAACUACCUGGACCUCUACCUCAUGCAUUGGCCCAUGGCCUUCCAGCGUGGGACAGAGCUGAUGCCCAAGCGGGCCGAUGGGAGUGUGUGUUACGAUGAAAUACACUACCAGGAAACAUGGGUUGCCAUGGAGAGCCUGGUUGAUAAGGGGCUGGUCCGAGCCAUCGGUCUGUCCAACUUCAACGCCAGACAGACAGACGAUGUCAUCAGCAUCGCCAAACACAAGCCUGUAGUCAACCAGGUGGAGUGUCACCCAUACCUGUCCCAGGCCAAGCUGCUGAGUCACUGCAGGUCGGUAGGUGUAUGUGUGACGGCCUACAGCCCCCUGGGUAGUGGUGACAGGCCCUGGGCCUCGCCUGAUGAACCCUGCCUGCUGCAGGACCCUGGACUGGGGGCUAUCGCCCUCCGCCACAGCAUGACCCCUGCUCAGGUCAUACUCAGGUGGCAGGUACAGAGAGGGGUAGUCUGCAUCCCCAAAAGUGUCACCCCCUCCAGGAUCCAGCAGAACCUACAGGUGUUUGACUUCUCUCUGUCGGAUGAAGACAUGAAGCAGAUGGAGUCAUUCAGCAGAAACGAGAGGUACAUCGUCCCAGCUGUGGAGAGGGACGGAAAGAGAGUGUGGAGGGACGCAGAACACCCCCAUUUCCCCUUCAAUGAUCCGUACUGACCCCAGAUCUAGAGACAGAUCAACUGACCCCAGAUCUAGAGACAGAUCAACUGACCCCAGAUCUAGAGACAGAUCAACUGACCCCACAUCUAGAGACAGAUCAACUGACCCCACAUCUAGAGACAGAUCAACUGACCCCACAUCUAGAGACAGAACAACUGACCCCACAUCUAGAGACAGAACAACUGACCCCAGAUCUAGAGACAGAACAACUGACCCCAGAUCUAGAGACAGAACAACUGACCCCACAUCUAGAGACAGAACAACUGACCCCACAUCUAGAGACAGAUCAACUGACCCCAGAUCUAGAGACAGAUCAACUGACCCCAGAUCUAGAGACAGAACAACUGACCCCACAUCUAGAGACAGAUCAACUGACCCCACAUCUAGAGACAGAUCAACUGACCCCACAUCUAGAGACAGAUCAACUGACCCCACAUCUGGAGGCAGAUCAACUGACCCCACAUCUGGAGGCAGAUCAACUGACCCCACAUCUGGAGACAGAUCAACUGACCCCACAUCUGGAGACAGAUCAACUGACCCCACAUCUAGAGACAGAUCAACUGACCCCACAUCUAGAGACAGAUCUACUGACCCCACAUCUAGAGACAGAUCUACUGACCCCACAUCUAGAGACAGAUCUACUGACCCCACAUCUAGAGACAGAUCAACUGACCCCACAUCUGGACACAGAUCUACUGGACACAGAUCUACCGGCCCCACAUCUGGAGACAGAUCUACCGGCCCCACAUCUAGACACAGAUCAACCGACCCCACAUCUAGACACAGAUCUACUGACCCCAUAUCUACCAAGCCCACAUCUAGACACAGAUCUACUGACCCCAUAUCUACCAAGCCCACAUCUAGACACAGAUCUACCGACCCCACAUCUAGAGACAGAUCUACCGACCCCACAUAUAGAGACAGAUCAACCGACCCCACAUCUAGACACAGAUCAACCGACCCCACAUCUAGACACAGAUCAACCGACCCCACAUCUAGACACAGAUCUACCGAGCCCACAUAUAGAGACAGAUCAACCGACCCCACAUCUAGACACAGAUCAACCGACCCCACAUCUAGACACAGAUCAACCGACCCCACAUCUAGACACAGAUCUACCGGCCCCACAUCUAGAGACAGAUCUACCGGCCCCACAUCUAGACACAGAUCAACCGACCCCACAUCUCGACAUUAUUUAUGAGAGGUAUUGACAUGUUGAAUGCGCCGAGGUGUCUGUCUAAACUACUGGCACACAGCUCCGACACCCAUGCAUACCCCACAAGACAUGCCACAAGAGAUCUCUUCACAGUCCAAGUCCAGAACAGACUAUGGGAGGCACACAGUACUACAUAGAGCCAUGACUACAUGGAACUCUAUUCCACAUCAAGUAACUGACACAAGCAGUAAAAUUAGAUUUAAAAAACUGAUUAUGGCACAGCGGGGACUGUGAAGCAACACAAACAUUGGCACAGACACAUGCAUACACACACACACAUACGAUAACAUACGCACUAUACAUACACAUGGAAUUAGUACUGUAGAUAUGUGGUAGUGGUGGAGUAGGGGCCUGAGGGCACACAGUGUGUUGUGAAAUCUGUGAAUGUAUUGUAAUGUUUUAAAAUUGUAUAAAUUGCCUUAAUUUUGCUGGACCCCAGAGUAGCUGCUUUGGCAACAGCUAAUGGGGAUCCAUAAUAAAUACAAUACACAGAUCUACUGACCCCACAUCUAGACACAGAUCUACUUGUUUAAUUUCUACACAACUCCUGACUGGAAUUACUAGGCCUACUCUCUAAAUUUGAUAACAGAAGAAUCAUCUGUACUGCAGUUCCUGUUCCCUUCGUGAGAAUCAACGUACAGUUGAAGUCGAAAGUUUUACACCUUAGCCAAAUACAUUUAAACUCAGCUUUUCACAAUUCCUGACAUUUAAUCCUAGUAAGAAUUCCCUGUCUUAGGUCAGUUAGGAUCACCACUUUAUUUUAUGAAUGUGAAAUGUCAGAAUAAUAGUAGAGAAAUUAUUUAUUUAAGCUUUUAUUUCUUUCAUCACAUUCCCAAUGGGUCAGAAGUUCACAUACACUCAAUUAGUAUUUGGUAGCAUUGCCUUUAAAUUGUUUAACUUGGGUCAAACGUUUUGGUUAGCCUUCCACAAGCUUCCCACAAUAAGUUGGGUGAAUUUUGGCCCAUUCCUCCUGACAGAGCUGGUGUAGCCGAGUCAGGUUUGUAGGCCUCCUUGCUCAGACAUGCUUUUUCAGUUCUGCCCACAAACUUUCUGUAGGAUUAAGGUCAGGGCUUUGUGAUGGCCACUCCAAUACCUUGACUUUGUCCAUUUGGAAGACCCAUUUGCGACCAAGCUUUAACUUCCUGACUGAUGUCUUGAUGUUGCUUCAAUAUAUCCACAUAAUUUUCCUCCCUCAUGAUGCCAUUGUGAAGUGCACCAGUCCCUCCUGCAGCAAAGCACCCCCACAACAUUAUGCUGCCACCCCCGUGCUUCACGGUUGGGAUGGUGGGGUUCUGCUUGCAAGCCUCCCCCUUUUUCAUCCAAACAUAACGAUGGUCAUUAUGGCCAAACAGUUCUAUUUUUGUUUCAUCAGACAAGAGGACAUUUCACCAAAAAGUACGAUCUUUGUCCUCAUGUGCAGUUGCAAAACGUAGUCUGGCUUUUUUGGAGCAGUGGCUUCUUCCUUGCUGAGCGUCCUUUCAGGUUAUGUCGAUAUAGGACUCGUUUUACUGUGGAUCUAAAUACUUUUGUACUCGUUUCCUCCAGCAUCUUCACAAGGUCUUUUGCUGUUUUGGGAUUGAUUUGCACUUGUCGCGCCAAAGUACGUUCAUCUCUAGGAGACAGUCUCCUUCCUGGGUGGUAUGAAGGCUGCGUGGUCCCAUAGUGUUUAUGCAGAUGAACGUGGUACCUUCAGGCAUUUGGAAAUUGCUCCCAAGGAUGAACCAGACUUGUGGUCUACAAUUUGAGGUCUUGGCUGAUUUCUUUUGAUUUUCCCAUGAUGUCAAGCAAAGAGGCAGUGAGUUUGAAGGUAGGCCUUGAAAUACAUCCACACCUCCAAUUGACAUAAUUUAUCAGAAGCUUCUAAAGCCAUGACAUCAUUUUCUGGAAUUUUCCAUGCUGUUUAAAGGCUUAGUGUAUGUAAACUUCUGACCCACUGGAAUUGUGAUACAGUGAAUUAAUCUGUCUCUAAACAAUUGUUGGAAAAAUUACUUGUCAUGCACAAAGUAGAUGUCCUAACCGACUUGCCAAAAGUAUAGUUUGUUGAAAACCGACUUCAACUGUAUAUACACACCAUACUAAAUUAUCCAGAAUUCGAUAUUAGCGUGAAAAUGUAUUUGCUACUAAACCUUGAUAUUGUCCCGAUGUAUGCAUGUGAGAUCAUUGGACAAAUAAAGAAAGCCUUAUGUCA